GUAGGAGCUGUCCCUGUGGCCAGGAUGCUAUGCCGCGAGCAUGACGCAUGCAGCAUGCUAUGAACGCCUCCGCGGUUCGCUGCCGGCCUGCUCAGGUUUGCCUUGCGCUCGCACAAUGCAAGCCGCCGACGAGGUACCUUCAGGUCCGCCUGCCAUGCUUCGGCAGGGAGCAGGGAAUCGUGCAUGCCAGCGGUAGCAGCAGGAUCCAUUCUCUGCAUUCUAGCACCAGGGCACCUUCAGGCUCCAAAAACGCGGCGGCUGGCUUCUUCGAUGCAGCGGCACAUCCCUCAUUGUCGCAAGAUGCGCCGCCGAUCUUUAUAGAGUGGCACCAUGCCGUUCAACAUGCAGAUAUGGACACCCUGCACCGGCUCCUCCCUUCAUUAGAGAAGGAGAUCGGGCGUUCAAUUGGAAGGUUAGAGCGGAUAGAUGGCAAAACCAUCCGCUUUUCUCUCACAUCUGCAUUUGAUGUCGUCGCCAGCAGCCUGUCGCGCAACCCUCAGCAGUGGGUGCCGGCGCUCGACGCUCUGCUCUUUGCCAAAGUCGGGUCCCUCCUCGAAAAGUUUGGAACCAUUUUGAGUACAGUGCAGGUCAAACUCAUUGCAAGAUGUCUGGCGAAAGGUGAUGCAGAUCCAGGGUUCGUUGGUGGACAACUGCUCGAUCAGGCAGUCGCGCUACUAGCACGGCCAGGAUGCCAGCUUGACAUCGAAGACGGGUCAUUCCUGCUGAAUCGGCUCAUUCGCAAAGGGAGGCUUGAGCUUGCCUCACGGGUCAUCGAGCACAAUCUGCGAGGGGCUUGUGAACUUUCGCCAUCGCAAAGGGUAGGCCUUGACUGUCUAUUUAGCCAUCUCGCUUGGUGCCGCGGCGACACCUUGCAAGCUUCGAGACAUCUGGGGGUCUCGACAAGCUCUGCGACACUGGCGUCGACUUCAACUCCAGGUCUUUCGCAGGCACUUCUUCAGCUGCAUCCGGCACAGCAUCACCUGGCACUGGCCAGAGCUAUCGCCAAUGAGCUUAAAGGUCGCCCUGUCACCGAGGAGGGACUCGAUGGCCUGCUGAGGCAUAUAGCCGCUGUCGAGUCGCCAUCCGCCGCUGUUUCAUAUUUUGUCGGUGUGGAAUCGUCUUCAGUACCAGUGAAUGACCCAUCCACAUUCAUGACGUUGCUCUCGCUGCAGGCGUUGAUCGAGGGCGUAGUGUGGUCAUUCGAAGACGCUUUUCAACUGGUUGCCAAAGUCGAAUCCUUGACAAGGUUGCCAGCCCCUCCACAGGCUUGGGAGUUCUGCGUGUGCGCCCUGGUGCAAUCGCCUGACGAAAGAGCAGGAGGUGACGUUUCCAGCGCGGCGCAGGUCUCACCCGCUAGCAGAGCUGAAGCGGAGCUGUUGCUCCAGAAGUGUGCGCAGCAAGGCAUAAAUGUCCCCAUUUCAGCGGCGGGUCAGGUCAUCUUGGCGCAUCGCAAGUCUUUCAUCCCCGAUGUUGGCAGUGCCUUUUCAAUUUACGAUCAGCUUCUGAACAGGCAUGAUGAAGCUCAGCUCAGUCGCCAAGGCGGCUACAGUAUUUAUUUGGAUCUUUUGGAGAUCUGUGUUGCGACUGCGUCGGUCGACCGCGCCAUCGCACUCCUAGGAAAUAUGAACACCUCAGCGGUUAUUGUUCUCCCGGAGCACCUGGUACCGAUUGCCACAAAGCUCGCAUUGCAAGCUGAUCGCGAAGAGCAAGUCGUCCAGAUAACCAGCCGCGCGCUGAAUGUUUGCAAGCGGACGGCGCUCGGGCAUCUCCCACCGAAUGAGAUCCAAAACUACAUCAAGACGCUUUUACGUCGAAGAUUCAAUGCAACGACAGGCCACGGAAGGCCGCAGGGCCUCUCCCGCGAUGCGCUUAUCAGUGUAUUCUCCGCGUUGGCCAAGGCCCGCGGCCUUCCUUCAGCAGCCGAGUAUACAGACUUACUCGGCGAGAUUAUCAGCAGAUGUUCGCCCUCGAUGUCGGCCGCAGAGCGAGACAACCUGAAGGAACACGUCAUUACGAUUCACGAGGUGCUCCAAGCCGAUCUGGACCUCGAGCCGGACAUUGGGCUGCUCAACACGCUCAUGAACGCGUACAACCAUCUCGGCCAUGUCGACGCGGCGCUCGACAUAUGGCACAGCCUGCAAGCCGGCUCGGCGCCGAUCGACGGCGCGACGCUCGCGAUCGUCUUUGACCUGUGCGCGUGGGCGAGGCUGCCGAUGGAAGCGCGAAGGGCGUACGCGUGGGCGCAGAGCCUGGAUGCACGCAGUAUGCAGGGGGCCACAAAAACGUCGUCACGGCCGCUGCCACUGGUCCUCAAUCCGAAUGCACUCCUGUCGUACCACGAGUUUCUGUGUCGUUUAUGGCGCCUACGCGAGAGCAUUGCGCUGGCUUGGACGAGGGUGGAGCAGGGUGCGUUCGAAGGAAGCGCGAAGAGCAGAACGCCACGGCAAUGGGACCAGCAGCAGCAGCAGCAAUGUGACGCUGUUGAGAAGGUCGCAGUGGACCACGAGGAGGUGCGCUUGUUCCGAGUCCUGCUGAAGUUCGCCGCUCGAGAGCGGGACCGCGCGAACGCGCCGGAGGACGUAAAGGACCAAUGGGAGAUAUUGCGGCAGCGCCUGCGCACUGAGAGGCCCGAGGUGUGGGAGCAUGUCAAGACUGUCGGCAUGGCGCGGCGACCGAAAUAAGAUUGGGGGUGCAUUGUAAUACGAUUGCAAUGGUGAGAUGGCAGGAAGUAGGUGCAGUGCAUGGUGCACCGCUUACGAGCACGGUGCUUCCGAGGGGCAGCGUUCUUUUUACUCUACAUGCGAUAGAUUGGUACAAAAGUUCAUUGAAUGUUGAACAAAGCAGCGCGCAGAAAAUGUUAUGACGCCGGGAGAGUGCAGGAGAGGGCGCAUAGUCCGUGUGGUGUGAGAGUGGUGCAGGCCGUGCAAAAGUGGCAAGGUCAAGGCUUGUAGUCUGACAUGUAGGAAUGCC